AUGAAUGAUGAAGAUAGAGGGCGCACAGUAGAGAGGGCUCUAAUGGGUUGGACCGAAAAUGCAAGAUCAAGUGUCGAGAGGCUUGCUCUUUCUUUUCAGAAGUGCGGGGAGGCUCCAGAGUCCAGAGACUGGAUCAAGUAUUUGGGGAAUUCUAUUUGCGCCCCUAAAUUUGCUGAUCCCACCCCUGAAUAA